CUGUUGAUUGCAGUUUGAAAAUACUGAAAUAUAACGAUAACGAAUCUAAUUUUUAUUUACAAUUACUUUUGUAUCGUUAUUUAAUAGUGUUAGUUUUAAGAUAAAUAUUAUCAUAACAAAAAGUCUUUUGAUUAUGUUUAGUGCUGACUCUUUAUAAGUUUGAAUAAAUUAACUUUAAACUACCCUACUAUACUACUAAAGGAAUAAAUAUGAAUGUAAGGAAAUUACGUAGUGAAGAAGUACCCCAAGAGUUUUUGAAAUGGCUUCUUUCAAUGGGUUGUCCCGCUGACGUCGUGCCUUCUGUCGACAAAAUGCCUCUAUUGUGUCGUGGACAAUACAAUAUGAUAUGGAAGAGUAUGAUGGAACACAUUUCCUCUAAAAAUGUUAUUAGGAACAAACAACUACAAGUUUUCCUAGAUGACAUUUCAAAAUGUAGAAAAAGAUGUCCAUUUAAUGAGGAAACACAAUCUGUUAUUGAACCAAUACAACUGACACUUUGGAAGCAGAAAAUUGAAGGAAAGAAGAUAUUAUUAGACAUGGAAACAAGAAUUGCUCAAGCACACAAUGAUCUUAUUAUUGUGGAUAAAAUAUCUAGUUUGUUUACACAGAAAAAUUUAUUAAGUAUUAAAGUGGAGGAUUUGCAACGACGUUCUUGGUUACUGCAACAAGUUUUAGCAGAGUUUGAGAGGAAGAAGAAACACUUAGAGGAAACAAGAGAUAUUGCCAAGUCACUUUGCAAUAUUAAUGCAAGUGACGAUCUUGAGAGUAAACUUGAGAAGUGUAUGGGGUUAAUAAAACAAAAUUUGACAUCUCGGACCAGUACUGAUUCAGAAGAAACUCUAGAAUCGCUAGUGAAAUACCGUGGAGAUAUCCUUUGGAAUAAUUUAAAUGAAAAACGAGCCUCACUAGUCAGAGAGCUAGAAAUGGCCCAUAACGAGAAAAGAGAAAACGUUGUUAGAGAUGUGGGAAAGGUGGAGGCUGCGGUGUCCCACUCCACGAGAGCGCAAUGCUCCUUGGCGUUGCGGAGCAUGAAGAAUCGCCAACACAUAAAACACGCCCAGAAACAACUCGCUGCGAAUAUUGAACUCCUCGGGGCAAAUAUGAGCUCCGAGUCGUGCGAGCUGUUAGUGUUAAACUGCGAGAGAGCCUGCGCCCGAGCGAAAGUCUCGGCUCUGAAGGAAAUGCUGGACGACGCGGAACAUUCGCGCGGAGUUUUCUCUCUGGAAGAACCGGCGACCGACGACAGUCGCACGACUAGGCGACUAGUCGCAGACGCAGACGGGGAUAUCGAAAGGGAGCGCAACGACCUCGUGAAGUACUUGACGGCGCAAGAGGCGACCGAGCACAAAAUGAGUGGCGUCGAGACCUGCCUCACCAGGGUGUUCCGAGCGUUUCAUACGAAUUCUGCGAAGGAUUUAAUUAAAGAUGGUCAAUUCAAUUUCCCGCAAGAGUCGGUGGCCGCCUUGCACGAGUUCUUCUCGGAGACACGUCGGCGGGAGACGAACGGACGCGACCCGAGUCUAGAGCUCGACGCCUCCGACGCGAUUAUGCAUCGAAUCGCUCACUCCGAUGAACUGAAGACAUACCUCCGAACCUUCAGCUUAGAGAAGAACAGGAAAAUUCUUUUGAAAAGCGGCGAGAAAGUGUGGAUCUCCGAAACUCUGAAGUCCUCGACGGCACGCCUCCGACGGCAGUGGCUGCUCGACGACGUCGCGCCGCCGUUGUGUCCGGCCGCCGGUGUCAAAUAUAACCUGGCGCGGAUCAUCGACGACGUGGAGGACGUCCGGAGGCUGGAGGAGGUCGCGAGGGGACUCAAGUCGGGAGAUGCGCCCGGCGAAGGAGGCCUCGAUAUCGGAGACCGAUCUCGAGCCGACGAAACGUUCGAGGACCGCUUGAAGAAGAGAAUCGCGGAAAACUUGGGCGUCUUGGAGAGAACUAGCAAAAAUUUAGAUAUUGCGGAAGAAAACCUGAACUUUUGGGCGCGAAACGAAAUGAAGAACUAUAUAUCGUCCACGCGAACCGUCGACGGGAAGAGUUUCGCAGACUACGAGAGUUUAUUUUCUAAGGCAUUCAUUGUAACUAAGUAAUAACCAGAAUUUCAAUUAAAGUGUGCAUUAUUACCCUU